GAUACAGUAUAUAUAGUAUAUUAUAAAUACGCACUACCACUUAGUGUUUACGAAUCACACGCGACGGACAUUCCCUUUAUUUUAUUUAUCUGUUUUAUGGAAAUGGGAUUCAGUUCAUUUAAAUUUAUUUUUUUUAAAUUUGCUACAUGCAUAAUUCCAUUUGUCCUCGACCUCGUUGUAAGUGAGCAAACUAUAUUUGAGUGCCACGGCGACGUGUGCAAUGUUGGCAAGGUGCCCCAGUUCUGCUCCAGUGCUUAUAAGUUAUGCAGGGAUUGCCAUGAAAUCAAGGGAGACUGUGGAACGGCCGCUCAGCCCCUAAACUGCACGGGCUAUUGUCAAGAAAUUGCUGUUGCAGAGGCAUUGAAACAGAUAAAAGAGAGAGAUGAGAAAUCGUGUUGGGUUGUACCAGUCAUGUUGAACAUAGCAAAUGGCUUUGUCUCAGCCCCUCAGCACAACGACAGUCGUAUUGCCGCCGGAUCAGGACUGAUGUAUAACUGUCACGACGGAUAUACUUUAGAAGGACCCGAUACAUUAAUUUGCAACGGAAACGAGACGUGGACACCGACAAUCAUGCCAUAUUGUUUUAAGAAUACCUGGAUAGGUUACAGGAAAGCGACAAUAGGUUUAUCAGUUAUUUGCGUCAUUGAAUUGGCAGCCAUAAUCUCAAUUUGCUGCUACAAAAGAAAAAAGAAUGAAAAAACAAUCUCCAGGACAUGCACAGACAGUUCGAUUCAUCAUGACGUAGAAGCCUUGCUCGGUGCCGAGAACCAAAGUGUGCAUGAUGAACACGAAACGCCUUCAGUUCUAGAUGGGGCAUCUGGGCGGGAACAUUCAACCGAUGAAGAGACUAGUCCAUUAACAGCACCCGCUUCGCCGUCAGCACCUCCUGCUGAGCCAGACAAGGAUGAGAGAGACGGACAGGAAUCACUGAAUACAAGCAGUUCUCCCAGUCGUGAUACAAGAGGGCAUAGGAUAAUUAUAAAUAAUCAUGUGCUGAUAAACAACCAGGCAAUUGUUGAAAAUUUCCCCAUGCCACCAGAAACCCACGGAAAAAACAAAACAAGGAACGAUAACUUCCCUUAUGAUCCAACACGUAUAAAUCAGAAAAGAAUAGAUGAGAAAAUGCCUACCGAGGAAUCAGAUGAAGUGAAUGCCGUCGAGGAAACAACUGAUGAGAAGAAAGGAAGAGGAACAAAACCACUACCAGCUCGAGAUGCAGAUUCUCAAACUCGAGCCGAAUCAACUCAAGAAAUGUUUGAAGAGAAAGAAAGUACAUAUAAGGGCCCACAACCUUUACCAGCAGCGAAAGAGGAAAACAUCCAGUCGCCAACGAAAGAGAGUGGAGAGGGUAAUUCGUUAGACAUGGUUGGGAUUCAGAAUUGCACUUUUCCAAAGAGUGACAUCAGAAGUACUGAUUCAGAAACAAAAGUUUCUAAAGCAAAACUCCGAGAAAAGUUGGAAGACCUUAAUUCCACCCAGAAAUUGGCUGAUCUGAAAGACGCUUAAGACAAUAAAAACACUAAAAAGACGAGUGGAAGACACAUCGUCAUUAAAAAUGGAAAAGAAAACUGAGAGAAAUCUUAGUUUGAGUUGCAUGGUAAUAAAGAGUUUAAGUACGGGUGUACCAGAAUGACCUGUCAAGCAACCGACUAUAGACAGGCCAGGCUUGUACUCCGAGGUAGGGAGAAACUGAACUGCUGUCCGAGAAAUGGCAUUUACUAAAAGAAACGUCGGGAAUAACAAUGAAUUAUUUUGCAAAAUGAACAGAUGUCUUUAACAAAAGAGGCAGUGCCUGGAUAAAUUUUGGACAUGUUGUCAUGAAUAAAAAACAUUGUUUAUUUCUUUUGCUUGAAGCACAGUGAUUUUGUGAAGUGGUGUUUUCGGUUUUAUUUUUGAUUUCCCUUUGUUUUGUUGGUUUUAGUAAAAAUAAAAUACA